CCCUUCUUCCUGUACGCCAUGUUUUUCAGCAGGAGUGGGGUGAUGUUUUAGUGAGAUAUAAUCAAAAGUGGGCAAUCCUGCGCUCUGUUCAGAUUUCAACAGACGAUCACCAGUGCAACAAGGAACGCGGAUUGAGUGCAACCCGGAUGCUUCACGCGAUGAAGUAGCCGAUUCCAUACUGCGCGCCUUCCCGUGACGCCGGAAGAAAACGGACGUACGCACGCUAGACAUCCAUCCACUCAUUCGCAGCUCUGUGCCAGAGGACUGGAGGAUCAGCAAAAUGUAUCAAAUUCCAGUGAAGAACCUGACAAAACUCAGACGUCCAAGGAAACGCGUCAAAGGUAUUUUGUGUGACAUCGGGAUGCAGCAGUGUCAAGAUUUAUUGGAGACAUACAAAUGUUUUGAUGCUGGUGAUGCAAGUUUUGACAACACAGAAUGGGAUGAUUUCACUGAUGGUCAUGUUGGCAAAAAGAAAAAAAAGUAUCCAUACCGGAGCCAAGCUCUGUGCUGCAGUCUGUGUUGGUACUCCAGCCGGUCAGUACCCACAUUCAGAAGUCACAUCCAUCGCAGUCACUGGAAAGAUCUGAAUGUGGCCUGUUUGUUAAUGUGCCCCUACUGCCCAUUUGUCAGCUCUCCAAAGGUCACAGAGCAACAUAUUCAGUUUUUCCACAUGCUCCCAUCAAAAACCCAUCGUAUACCUCUUCCCAGCAACCCUAGCCACACUUUGGCCCACACACCGAAAACCGUGUCAGUUACAGUUUCCGCUGAUGCUGCUGAUGACCGAUACACGUGCGCAACCUGUGGCUAUCAUGAUUCUUUACUAUAUGUGAUGAAGAAACACGUCUUGGUCAACCACUAUGCUGUGAUGCUGGAUCGCUACUUUGGGCUCGGCUCGGACAGUAAGCAAAAGACUGACGGCGCAUCAGUGAAAUAUCACUGCAAAGUGUGCAAACUGCCUGCAGAGACCAUUGAACAUUUACUUUAUCACAUUUUAAGUUCAGAGAAGCACAAAGACCUGCACUGGCAAAUAAUGCCUUGUAUAAUCGAAAAAGACUGCACAAACCAAAUGGCUGGACUACAGAAUCUGCUGAACCUUGCGCCAAAAGCGAUGCAACAGGUCACGUUGCUCGCAAGGCCGAACUAUGUGCCACAGCAGAUGCAACAAACAAAUGGAAACGGUACAGUUCUUCUGGCCGGCCCAAGCAGCACGGCUGCUUUGUUUUGCUCUCCUGGUGUAGGGCAGAUGUUUUUGUCCCCACAAACACAAGCUUUACUGUCGGGCACGACUGUUGCCGCUCUUCAGAACGCACAGCAUCCGCAGUCCCCCAGCGGGAUGCCGCAAGUCCUGCCUACCUCUCCAGUAGUGAAGCCGAUCAAUAUGAUGAUGCCAAACAUGCCGCAAAGCGCACCUAAGACGGUACCUAUCACUAUGGCCAUGCCCAGGCUACCGCAGACCCAUCAAGCACAGCAGGUUCUUCUUCCGCCUGGCGUCCAGGUCAACCUCCCGGGCGAAAUGGGUGUAAGGUCGCCAAUUCUUGUUACUCAAGGUCUUCAGCUGAACCAGUCGGUUCCCAGAGCUCCCCUCAUAGCCUCGCAGUCAGUGCGUCUUAUUCCCACAGGCAACAAAGUCAACGGUGUCCCAACCUACACUCUAGCGCCCGUUCAAGUCACGGUUCCCGUCCACGGCGGUCCCGCUCAAGUGGUACGGGCGCAAAAUCAGAUCAGCCAACCUACAAAUUCAGCGGUGGUGCCCACGGGUCUCAUGCCUACAGUUCAGAGGGCGAUAAACAGAAAUUCUGUGCCAAAUGAGUUGGCCGUGCUUGCGCCGUUUUUGAAGAAACAUGACGAUCACACAGUCAAGUGCCUGAGGUGCAAGAUUUUGCUGACAGAGCAGGGGAUUUUCCAGCAUUUGUUGCAUGGCUUGAAGUGUCUGUUCUGCCCUCAGAUGUUCUACUCUUUCAAGCAGAUCAUGGAGCACACCAAUAAAGAGCACAGUUUGAAAAUCAAGGAAAAUCGGCAUUUCAUUAAAGAACAGUUUAGUCUCGACUGUGACGACGAGGGGAACCUCAUGUUCAACACUUUUAAUCUGAACACAGAUGUGCCCAAAGAUCUUCUUGACAACCGAGAGCUCAACCUUGCACUAGUUACCAGCUCUCAAGAUAAGCUGUACAUAAAGAUGUAUCCAGACAAGGCAGAAUAUGCAACAACGUUGAAGACGACACCUACCGCCUGCCCAUUUUGCCAAGUAAAGCUCCAGAACUCUGAGGACUACGAGAGCCAUCUUCAAACGAAACACCACAUCGUUCCCACCAUUCAUGCAAUACUAAAAACGCCUGCAUACAAAUGCAUAUAUUGUUUUGGGGUGUAUACCGAAAAAUCGACACCGAAGACAAUCUCCAUUCAUGUGCAACGGUGCCGUUGUGCUCCCAAAGCCGUCAAGGAAGCAGAGAGGCAACUGAAUCCAGAUACAACGGAACGUGAUGAUGCUGAUUUAUGUAAUUCUCCUCAGAUGGCCAGCUCUUCAGACGUGGCCUGUCAGGGCGGCCUUGAAAUUGCCAAGCCAAAGAGAGAAGUAAUCACUCCGAAGAACAGGAGAAGGAACUCUAAAGUUCCAAAGGUAGAAGUCCCUGAAAUUCCAGCUAAGCUCGUCUUGGAACCAACGGGAAUGGAGAAGACAUCAUUCGAGGACCGAAAAGACUUCCUUUCGCUGUACUUCCACAGAAAGCCAUACGUAACGAAGACUGAAAUCGAACUGCUAGCUUCCCGUUUGUGGAUAAACAAGGCUGACGUAAAGGCUCACUUCAACAGCAAGCUCACCAAGUGCUUGAAAGCAAUUCAGAAGAAGAGGGUUUGUGUACGUCUUGGGUUUAAAAUGAUUGAAGUGAACAGGGUGAAGCACAACCUCUUCAUUCCAGAGGUGAAGCCUGUUAAAAAAAAGGUCUUGGACGAGGUGAAAGAUGGCAGCCUCGUUCCACAGGUAACUGUUAAAAAAGAGGACAUGAACGAAAUGAAACAUGACCUCUUCAUUCCAGGGGUACCAGUCACAGUUAAACAAGAGGAUGUGAGUGAAAUGGGACAUGACCUCUACAUCCCAGGGGUAACUGUUAAACAAGAGGAUGUAAAUGAAAUGGAACAUGGCCUCUUCAUCCCAGAGGUACGGCCUCUGUAAAAAUGGCUAAACGGUGUGUUAGAUGAAUUAUACUUGUAUGAAGCAUGUUCACACUAGGAUGUAAACCAUUGCAAAAUGUUUAUUUAAAAUGACUUGAUUUACACAUUUAUAAGAUGGCUUGCCUCUUGGCAUUAGUACAUUUGGAAAAAAGGGGAACCUACAGCAAUGCUGAAAAGACUCUACACUCUACAUUUUUGUAUUGUUGUAUAUAGUUCAUAUGAUGACGUUAAAACGUUUUUUUUUUGUUUACAUAUCUUUAUUGCAAGAAAAAAACACUGACCUUUCCAUCUUAUAUUAGAUAUAUUAGGGUCAUACUUUUGUUUGUUUGUCUGUUUUUUUUUUCAUUUGUAAUAUACAUUUGGGGACGUCUGUAGUGAAAUAGUUAUGCGUCUAACAUUUUAUAUUAGAACUGUACAGAAAAUUAAGACUUUGUUAACUAUUACUACUAACUAGCAAAAUUAGGCAGCGUUUCAUAGCUGUAUCACCGAAAGGGACACUUUAUGGUGUUUUCAUGCUCUUUUUUUUUCUUCUUUUUCGCCUUGAUAUAAUACACUGUAAUUAUUUCAGACGUGAAAAAAGACAAGUGCCUCCAUGUCCUAUUUAAAGUUUGCAGUUGUAUUUGCCUCUUGGAAUAAACGUGACUAAAUAUUA